CUGCACUUGUUUUUCGACCUUCCAUUGUGAUUUCAACGGUGCGGGAGCCAAUACCGGGCUGGAGUGGUAAACUAAAUGGACCAAUGGCAGGAUAUGCUGCAACAAGUGCAGGUAUUGUUCAUAGUAUGUGGUACAAAGGGAAUCCUAUUGAUUUCGUUCCUGUUGACAUGUCUGUCAACGGAAUCCUUGCUGCCAUUUGGGAUACCACUGAAAAUAGAAAAAGCAAUGAAGCUGUAGUAUACAAUUACGCUACCAGCACGGUACAACCUAUAACGUUGAGACGUUUAAAAGUCAUAAUCGACCCUAUUAGAGAUGCGACACCGACAAAGAAGAUGGUGUGGGCAUGUUUUGUGUUCUUCAUUAAUAAUUAUUACGUGUGGCAGUUUUCAAACAUCUUUCUGCAUCUCAUUCCGGCUAUUCUGGUUGACUUGAUUCUUUCUGUGCAAGGCAGAAAACCUUUUGUCGUAUCGUCUUACUUUAAAGUCAACAAAUAUUAUAAUGUCAUAUAUUACUUCUGGAAUCGAGAAUGGAAAAUUUCCGUUAAAGAAAUGUCGAAGACCUGGGAUCAGAUGAGUCCGGUGGAUCGUGAAUUAUUCUAUUGCGAUUUGCGAGACUUGGAUUGGAGCGAAUGGUCGACCAACUUUUGGCCAGGACUGCGAGUACAUAGCUUAAAGGACCCUCUGGACACUGUUCCAGCAGCGAAAAUUAAACAGCGUAAACUUAAAAUUGUUAAUUAUGUCUUAAUGGGCAUACUGAUGCUGCUCAUAUAUUACGGUCUUCAAAAACUGUUAGGAUCAUUCAUAAGCAUAUUUUACUAAUUUCUCUUAUUCUGCACCAACUCCAACGAAUAUCCAAGAAUACAGAAAUUGUUAUAAAAUCAAUCCCAUGUUUGUUAUCUUUCUGUCAUGCUCGAACCCAUGUUGAAUCGGUCUACAAGUGCGAGAAUAAAGUGACUGUCGCAAUGAAAUUAA